AUGGCUAAGGCUGCAGAUCUUGCUAAAAGAGAACAAGAUGCUCUGUUGGAUAAAUUGCAAAAUACUAGAAAAUUGCUUAUGGAAAAGAAGCAGCAAGAGGAAGAGAAGCGUGCUCAAGAAGAAGAUGAUAGCGAAGAUGAAGAAGAAAGCAUUGAAGCUGAUGCAUUGCCUUUUAAGGAAAAGCCGCCAGAUUCCUUGCAAUUUGCUAGUACUAGUAACGUAGAGACUGAAGAUGAAAAAUUGGAAUGGAGUGCCGCUAAAGAUGAGGAAGAUAAACUUAAAAGAGAGUUAGAUGAGAAGAAGAAGUUGGAUAAUUUGGCUAAGAAGGGCGCUGUUAAAACCGUGCCAAAAAAUAAAAUCAAACCUGGUGCCAAGCCGAUUGAGGAUGAUGGCCAAGUUGUUAGAAGAGGUAGAAGUCAGACGCGCAAAGAUGAUGAUAAGGAGCCGCAUGUUUUCUGUACUGCACGUUUUGUUAGGUCGCUUAAAUUGGUUGAUUUUUGUGAAGAUGUUAUUACAAAUGAGGUUGAUGGAGAAAAAGGUAAUAUUUGGAUUUUAUGGAGAAAUAUUCUGUUGAGGCCUGAUAUUUUAUCUACUUCAAAGCAAGCAAUUACUAUGAAUUUUGCGGGGGAUUUCAUUACGGCUGUUCAUGCUUCUUAUAAUCCGGUGGCAAGAAAGAUACUUUGGCGUCAAUUGGGUUUAGGUUUUAUAUAUAUUCCUUGGUUGGUGUUGGGAGAUUUUAAUUACGUUUUACGCUUGGAGGAAAAGAAGGGUGGAAGGCCGAUUAAAGAGGUUUAUAUGAAUGAGUUUCGUAGAUGGAUUUCUGACAAUGGUUUGGUUGAGGCUGAUGAUGUUGGUAAAAAAUAUACUUGGUCUAAUUGUAGAAAUGGAGCUCAAAGAAUUGUCUCUAAACAUGAUAGAGCGUUUUCUAAUGAUGAUUGGUGCUAUAAAUAUGCGAACUGGAGAUGCAAGGCCUUGCCUAGGGUGGUUGAGGAGAACUGGAAUUUGGAUCUUAAUGGUGCUUCCCCUUUUGUUUUUACUUCUAAGCUGAAGAGAUUAAAAGAGGUGUUGAAGAUUUGGAAUAGAACUAUUUUUGGAGAUGUGCAAUUUCGCUUGAAGCAGGCUGAAUUGAAACUUGAAACUGAGAAUGAUCUUCUUGAUUAUGAUCCGGCUGAUGAGUUUCAAUUCCUAAAGGUUGCAGAUGCCAAAAAUGUUGUUGAUGAUGUGAGAACGGAGUUGGCAAUUAUGCUUAAGUUGAAGUCGAGAGAUGAGAUAAAGUAUUUCAUUGUUAACCAUUAUCAGGCCAAAUUCAAUGGUGGUGACGUUCAUAUUGAUCUAGUUUUAUUUUAUAUUGAACAUGAGAGCAUUUCAGUUGCUGAGAGUGCUUAUAUGGGUGCUAUUCCAUAUUUGGAGGAAGUUAGAGUGGCGGUUUUUGGCUUGGGAGCUGAUUCUGCGCCUUGCCUAGAUGGCUUCACAGGCUCUUUCUAUAGACAGUGUUGGGACAUUAUUUUUAGAGAUCUCUUUAAUGACAUUGCAAACUCUUGGCUUGGUACUGUGCUAAAUAAGCUGAUCUCUGAAGAGAAAGUGGCGUUUAUGAAGGGUAUAAACAUACAUGAGAAUAUAUCUUUGGCGUCUGAAUUGAUCAAUGAGAUCAAUACGGAAAGGAAGCAUGGGAAUGUUGGCCUCAAACUGGAUAUUUCUCAAGCUUUUGAUACAGUAAGUUGGGAUUUUAUAGCUGAAGUUUUUCGUCAAUAUGGAUUUUCUGAUUCUUGGUGCAUGUGGGUUCUUAAUAUCCUUAGUUUAGCUCGGAUUUCUGUCAUGAUUAAUGGCUGCCAUGAAGGUUAUUUCAGUGUUACUAGAGGUCUGCGCCAAGGUGAUCCUCUCUCACCUUUGAUAUUUGUUCUUAUUGAAGAUGUUUUAAGUCGCAAUCUUUCCAAGUUGUUUGCAAAUCAUAAUAUGAAUGUUAUGGUUAGUAAAAAAGGUGUGGCGCCUACACACUUUCUUUUUGCGGAUGAUAUCCUUAUAUUCUGCAGAGGUAAUCAACAUAGUUUGCAAAAUUUGAAGAAUAUGCUUGUUUUGUAUGAACAUGCGUCUGGUCAGUGCGUAAACUAUGCAAAGAGCAAGUUUUAUUUUGGAGGUGAUAGAAUUUCUCGUGCUAUUGCUAUAUCUAACUAUUUGGGUAUGGAGAGAGCUAUGUUUCCGGAUAAAUACUUAGGUAUUCAAUUGAAUCCUGGUAUUGUUUGGCAUAUUCAUGUUCGCCAAGUUGUUGAGAAGAUUAUGAACAAGCUGGCUGGAUGGAAAGGUAAACUUUUAUCAUUUCAGGUGAGGAUUGUGUUAAUUAAGUCGGUGAUUUCUAGCUAUGUUAUUCAUUCUAUGGCUUUUUACAAAUGGCCAUGCACGGUUAUUAAGCAAGUUGAAAGGGCCAUUAGAAAUUUUCUUUGGUCCGGUGAUGCUGAGAAACGUAAAUAUUUUACGGUUCUAUAUGAUGAUCUAUGUCUCUCAAAGCGUGAAGGUGGUCUUGGCAUUAAGAAGUUAAAUGAUGUUAAUAGGGCUAUGCUAAUGAAGCUUUGGAUUUCCAUUUGGGAUUCAAACAAGAUUUGGGACAUAUUUUCGAGGGCCAAAUACAUUAAGGUCAAUGGCAAUCUGAUAAAUUAUAAGUUGGAUUCUUCGGGUUUUCCUGGAAUUCGCUUGGUUUACAAUUUUGUGCAGAAGCAUACACGCUCAAUUACAAUUCUCAACAGUCACAGCCAUGUUCAAUUGCAAUGGUCUCCCUGA